AUUUAAAAAAAAAACACACACACACUAUUAUCCGCCCUUUAUUUUUUAAUAAACAAAAAACAUAAGCUUUACAAUUAGUUAAAAAUUGUUAUCAUAGUUUUUUAAGUAUUUUGUUUUAAUCGAAAUUAAGCUAUAUGAAAAAUUUAAAUAUAAAACAAUACCACCAAGCGUAUCAUCCCUAUGAAAUACCAGCAAACAACACACAGCAUCAUCAUCAACAACAGCAAACACAAUUACAAAAUCCUACAACUUGUUUAAAUCCCUAUAAUACUGCAGUAGCAACAACACCCACUAAUCAAAGAUUUAAUAAUUCGUAUAAUUUACCAACAACAGCCAGCAAUAUAAAUUUAGUUGGUUGUAAAACUUUACCAAACUCUAUUAACAAUCGUAUCAAUAAUCAACAACAAACUCUAGCAACAACAACACCUCCACCACCUACGCUUGGCGGUUAUUUGGCAAAUCAACAACAGCUACGUUUGCAACAACAACAGCAGCAAUUGCAACAAAAUUUUAAUCAACAUUUACCAACAACACAACAACAAAUCAAUAUGUUAAGUUUAAAUCAAACAAAUACUUUUAAUUAUAAUUUUCAUUUCAAUGCCAACAACAACCACAACAAUACCAGCCACAAUCUUAAUAUAAAUAAUAACAACAACAAUACCAAAUAUAACAACCACAAUAAUAGUGCUCUCUCUCGUCCACAAAGACCAAACUCUCUAAAUAUCUCAGCAAUGGCUUCAUUAGCUACACCUUCUUCUUCUUCUUCUGCUCCUUACUCUUUCUCUUCUACGGCUCCGAUGAGUAAUAACCAUCAUCAUCAUCAUUUGCCUUCCACUUGUCAUUCGGCACCAACAACAGGUGUCUAUAAUUUUUCAACUCCAAAUAAUUUUUAUAACAAUCAACGUGAAAAUUUAUUUAAUUUUCAUCAACAACAACACCAACAGCAGCAGCAGCAUCAUCAACAACAACAGCAGCAACAUUUACUGCAUCAUAAUAAUAACAAUAAUUAUAAUAAUACAAUACAACAACAUCAACAAAAUUAUAAUAAUUAUCAAACUAAUCAACAGCAGCAACAACAAUUGCAACAAUUUCAAUUAUUACAACAACAAUUAAAACAGCAACAACAAAUACAUAUGAAUAAUAACAAUAAUAAUAAUAAUAGUAGUAGUAGUAAUAGUAAUAGCAACAAUAGUAAUUUAACCACGCCUGCUGUUUCAUCAACUGCCGCUUCACAGUGCAGUAGUAGUGCUACUAUAUCUAACUCUACUCCCAGCACUAGUAGUUCAAAUAAUGCUGUAGCUAUUACUACUAGUGCUACAGCUGCUGCUGCAGUCAAUUCAAAUAGCGAUCAAACGAAUAAUAAUAAUAAUAAUUGCGAUAAACUUACUAUGGAUGCCUGUGAAAUUGCCAAUUUCCUUGCCAAUGAGCUAUUUAUGCAACAGCUCGUUUCAAUGGAAUGCAUGCAAACAGGUGUACCGACUUUGACCACACCCACCCUAACACCUACAACGCUCAAGAGUAUAGAAGAAUCGUUUAUACAGUUAACUAGCGAGCCAGUGAAUGCACCAUAUCAGGCAGGAUUUAUACCACCACCAUUGGGUUCUUAUAAUGCUACAACAACGAAUAGCAAUAGCAAUAACAACAAUAACAGUACAUUAACAACAGCCGCAGCAACAACAACAUCUGUUGCUGGUAUAUCACCAAAUGCGGCAUUGAAUAAUGUCUAUUUGGGUGAUAUUAGUGCUGGGGCCAGUUUGCCUGACUAUGGAAAUAUGACAGAAUCGGAAAAUUCUCAGGGAUCAUGGACGGGUAAUAAUUUGAAUGAAGAGAAUUCUAUGGCCACAACAGAUACUUCAAGUGCCGCCACAGAUACAAUUUCAUUUCAAAAUGGUCUUAAUGGUUUGGGUGUUAAUACCCUCAAUAAUUCCAAUUCUUCGACAACAAAUGAUUUUACCACUGUCAAUUUGGCUGCCUUAGCUGUAGCGACAGCAGCUGCCAAAAUAUCGAAUUCUGGUAAUAACAACAAUAAUACCUCAUCAAGUGCCACUACAACAUCAGCUACCCCUACUCGACGUGGUGGUGGACGUCGUCCAGCCACCAAUAGCAAUAUGUCACCCGAAGAAGAGGAGAAGAGACGUAUACGACGAGAGCGUAAUAAAUUGGCGGCCGCCAGAUGUCGCAAGCGUAGAGUGGACCAAACUAAUGAACUGACCGAAGAGGUCCAAAUGUUGGAAAAGAAGCGUGAAGAGUUGCAAAAACAAAUCGAGUCAUUGAAUGGUACCAAACAAGAUUUAGAAUUUCUUUUAGAAGCACACCGUCCUACCUGUCAAAGAGUUGGGCCAACUGAUAUUUUAUCCGUCAAUACAUUCGAAGGGCUGAUGCCUUCAGCCACAUCAACGGCCAAUGAUAAUAUUACUGGCGUCGACACCAGUUUGGCUACAACUGCUAGAAGUAUUUCUCCUUUGGACUUGAAACCAGUAUUGAAUGAUCAACUAUUAGCUCAAAUUAAGGCUGAACCAUUGGACUCAGCGCUAGAUUCAAAUUCAUCCCUUGAUCAAGAUGGUCCGUCUUCGCCAAAAAGAUUUAUUCUAACCAACAAUAACCCCAUGAUACCACCGCCUUUACCAAAUGUUGCCACACUGUCACCUUCUUUGGCGGCCGCCUCGGCUUCACUAAACACUCCCAUUGUAACAGCGGCUCCCGUUAGCUUUGGUUCCAUGUACUCCAACAAUCCAUCACUUAGUGCUCCAUUAACAAAACCAAAUUCGAAACAACGUCCCAAUUCAUUGCCAACAGUACCACGAAAUUUGGCUCAAACUAUAGGCCUAAAUGUCAAUGACAACAAGCCGCCCACAGACAUCAAUGGUGUAGCCAUACAGACGCCAUCGACGGGUAUGUUCAACUUUGAUUCUCUCAUGGAUGGUGGUACUGGCUUAACACCGGUUUCCGGCCCUCUAGUACCCACUUGUUCAUCACAGAACAAGCAUCCCUUGGAACUAGUGACACCCACAAGCGAACCCUCUAAGUUGGUAAGUUUAUAACAAUAAAUGCAUGAAGCGCGUCAUCAACAGAGAAUAAGAGCAUAAAAACCUGAGAGAUGAGGAGAGAGUGCAAACGAAGCUGGUCUUAAACAAUUAAUUAAACUUUAAACUAUUAAGAGAUAAAUCAAUGAUGAAUGAGUGAAUAAUUGAAUUAUUAAAAGAAAGAAAACUAUGUACUUUUUAAAAGUAUGUGUAUUUUUUAACUAUGAGUUUUAAAAUUAAAGAAAAUAAAGAAAUGUUUUUUUAUUUAAAAUUUUAUGUAUGUACUAUUAUUAAGCAAAUUUCCUAGAUACUUUUAAUUCAAAUUUUAUAAAAAUUUUCUUAAAUUUGUAAUAAUAUAGUGAACACGAAAUGGACACAAAUCCAAGAAAUCUUUAAAAGUUUAAAAAACGUUUAUUUAGUAUUUAAUUUUUUAACCUCUGACGAAAACAACAACAAAACAGAAAAAACAAAAAGCAUUAUCUAACAAGAACAAUUUCAUUUUUUAUCACAUACAAAUAUUUUUUACGCUGUAUUAUUAUUUUUAAUUAUUUCGUAAAACAUAAACAUUUUUCUUAAUUAACAUAUUUAUCUAUUUUUUUUUUUUUUUGCUUUUAUAUAAAACACCAAAAUCAAAUUUGUUUCACAAAGAAAAUUAUAAUUGACUUAAGUUUUAAAUUUUGUUUGCUGUUAUUAUUGUUUCAAUUUUCGUUUUUAUUAUAUUUUCGUAUUUUCUUAUUAUUUUUUCUAUGUGCAAUUAUUAAAAAUUAUUUAUUUAAUAAAAAAAAAACUAAAUUAAACUAUAAAAAACAUCCAAUACAAAACAUGGUUUUAAUUAAUUAAUAAAUUUAAGAAAAGAAUAAUAAUUAAAAAAGCCAGGCGUUGUGAUAUUUAUAAAUAACAUGUAAAAACUUUAUCAAAUAAUUUUUAAAUCCACAAUAAUUUUGCUUUUUAUAAAUAGUUUUUCUUUAAAAAAAUGGCCUUUUAAAAUCUAAAAUGAAGAAACAAAUAAAUUACUUUAAUAAAAAUCGUAAAAAUCAUUGAUAAUGACAGCCUUAUAUAAUUUUUAAUUAUUCAUAUUAACAAGAUUUGUAAAUAUAUUUUUUGCUUACAUCUAAAGACAAAUAAAUAUAUUCAUAUAUUGAAAUUUGUAAUGCUUAAUAAAAAAAAAAAGAAAAAUUAAAAAAUAUAAAAAAAGCAAAAGCAUGUAAAAACAAAUCAAGAAAGCAAUUCUAACUCUGAAAACAAGUGGUAAAAAUUUUAGCUUUACUCAACUAUACUAACAUGAUAAAAAAUAUUAUAAAUUGAAAUGAAUAGAAUCAUAUUUUUUAAAUGAAAUUAUAUUUAUAAAAAAAAAAUAAUAUAAUAAACAAGUUGAAAGAAGAAAGUCCAAAA